AUGGCGGACGUCGCUGAGAUCGUUGCGAUCAACGAGAACGUCGCCGCGGCGCCCAAGGCCAAGAAGGCCCCCGCUGCGAAGAAGCCCAAGGCUCCCCUCGGCGAGAAGGAUGUCAACGCGGCCAAGCCCGCGUCGUCCUCCUCCUCCGACGGCAAGGCCAUCGAGGAUAUCUACCAGAAGAAGACCCAGCUCGAGCACAUCCUCCUCCGCCCCGACACCUACGUCGGCUCGUGCGAGAAGACUGAGGAGAAGGCCUGGGUGUACUGCAAGGACACCAACAAACUGGUCCAGCGCCAGAUGUCAUUCGUCCCCGGUCUCUACAAGAUCUUCGACGAGAUCCUCGUCAACGCCACCGACAACAAGGUGCGCGAUCCCUCGAUGGUGACCCUCCGCGUCGACAUUGACCAGGAAGCCGGGUGCAUCCGCGUGUACAACGACGGCAACGGCAUCCCGGUCGAGAUGCACAAGGAGGAGGGAGUCUACGUCCCCGAGCUCAUCUUUGGUCACCUGCUCACGUCGUCCAACUACAACGACAACGAGAAGAAGGUUACCGGCGGCAGGAACGGAUACGGCGCCAAGCUGGCCAACAUCUUCUCCACCGAGUUUGUCGUCGAGACCUGCGACGGCAGCCGCGAGCGGCGGUACCGCCAGGUGUUCAAGAACAACAUGGGUGAGAAGUGCGAACCGGUAGUGACCAAGUGCAAGCCCACCGACAACUGGACCUGCAUCACCUUCAAGCCCGACCUCGCCAAGUUUAACAUGACCGAGCUCGAGGACGACACCGUGGCUCUGAUGUGCAAGCGCGUUUAUGACGCCGCCGGUAACAUCGGCAAGAACACCAAGGUGUUCCUCAACGGCGAGAGGCUCAAGGUGAAGGGCUUCAGUGAUUACGUCGACCUUUACCUGGAGGGCAGGGAGAACGCCCCCAAGGUUUACGAGAAGGUUAACGACCGCUGGGAGGUUUGCGUGACCAUCUCGGACUCUGGCAACUUCCAGCAGGUGUCCUUCGUCAACGGUAUCUGCACCAUGAAGGGCGGCACGCACGUCAACCAGGUCGCCGAUGAGGUGGCGGGUAAGCUCCUCGAGAAGAUCAAGAAGAAGGAGAAGUCCUGCAAGAACCUCAAGGCUGCUCACGUCAAGAACCACCUCUGGGUGUUUGUCAACGCUCUCAUUGAGAACCCCGCGUUUGACUCGCAGACCAAGGAGACGCUCAACACCCGCGCGUCCAACUUCGGCAGCAAGUACGAGGCCAGCGACAAGGUCAUCAAGCAGAUGAUGAACAGCGGUAUCGUCGAGCAGAUCCUCUCCUGGGCGUCCUUCAAGCAGAGCAAGGAGAUGAAAAAGUCUGACGGCAAGAAGGCUACCAGGCUCACCGGCAUUCCCAAGCUCGAUGACGCCAACGACGCGGGCGGCCGCAACUCCGAGCACUGCACCCUCAUCCUUACCGAAGGUGACUCGGCGAAGGCACUUGCGGUGUCCGGCCUCUCCGUCGUCGGUCGCGAUCGAUACGGCGUCUUCCCGCUCCGCGGUAAGCUUCUCAACGUUCGUGACGCGAGCCACGAUCAGAUCAUGAACAACGCCGAGAUUAACCACAUCAAGCAGAUCCUCGGCCUCCGCCACGGCACCACGUACGAGUCCGCCAAGAGCCUCCGCUACGGUCACAUCAUGAUCAUGACCGAUCAGGACCACGACGGCUCCCACAUCAAGGGUCUCCUGAUUAACUUUCUCCACGCGCAUUUCCCAUCGCUGCUCAAGAUUCCCGGUUUCCUCGUCGAGUUCAUCACCCCGAUCAUCAAGGCGACCAAGGGCAAGCAGAGCAAGGUUUUCUACACCCUUCCCGAGUACGACAACUGGAAAGAGCACGCCGAGGAGACGGGAACCGGCCGCGGCUGGAACAUCAAGUACUACAAGGGUCUCGGUACGUCAACCGCCAAGGAAGCCAAGGAGUACUUUGCCGCGCUCGACCACCACAAGAAGACCUUCGCGUGGACCACCGACGGCGACGGUAACCUCAUCGACAUGGCCUUCAGCAAGAAGCGCGUCGAGGAUCGCAAGGCGUGGUUGAACGCCUACGAGCCGGGAACGUACCUGGACAUGACGGGCGAUGACGUCAGGUACGACGAUUUCAUCAACAAGGAGCUCAUCCUCUUCUCCCGCGCGGAUCUCAUGCGAUCGAUCCCUUCCGUCGUCGACGGGUUCAAGCCCUCGCAGAGGAAGGUGCUCUUCUCGUGCUUCAAGCGUAAGCUCAAGUCCGACAUCAAAGUUGCGCAGCUCUCGGGCUACGUCUCUGAGCACUCCGCGUACCACCACGGCGAGGCCAGCCUCGCGUCCACCAUCGUCGGCCUCGCGCAAGAUUUUGUCGGGAGCAACAACGUGAACCUGCUGGUGCCCUCCGGCCAGUUCGGUACCCGCCUGCAGGGCGGUAAGGACCACGCGUCCCCCCGUUACAUUUUCACCAGGCUCGCGCCCAUCUGCCGCGUCAUUUUCCCCGAGUGCGACGACGCCCUCCUCGACUACCUCGACGAGGACGGCCAGGUGAUUGAACCCGAGCACUACCUUCCGAUCCUGCCCCUGGUUCUGGUCAACGGCGCCGACGGCAUCGGCACAGGCUGGUCCACGUCCAUCCCCAACUUCAACCCGCGGGAUAUCGUCGCCAACAUCCGCCGCAUCCUCGACGACGAGUGCACCGAGCGUAUGCACCCUUGGUACCGCAACUUCAAAGGAACCAUCGAGGAGGAGAUUGUCAAGGGUGAGAUUCGGUACAACAUCACCGGCAAGUACGAGAUCGUCGACGAGACGACGCUGGUGAUCACCGAGCUUCCCCUCAGGUCCUGGACCACCGAUUACAAGGAUUUCCUCGAGAACAUGCUCAGCCCCAAGGAGAAGAACGCGCAGCCGUUCAUAACCGACUACAAGGAGCACCACACCGACACCACCGUGCACUUUAUCGUCACCAUGACGCCCGAGAAUAUGGCCAAGGCCCAGAAGGACGGCAUCGAGAAGAAGUUCAAGCUCUGCGCCAAGGUGUCAACCUCCAACAUGCACGCCUUCGACGAGAAGGGCGGCAUCACCAAGUACUCAUCACCCGAGGCCAUCAUGGAGGCUUUCGUGCCCCUUCGCCUCGACGCGUACGCUCGCAGGCGCGCCAUGCUCAUCCGCCAGGCUGAAUUUGAGCUCAAGCGCAUGUCCAACAAGGUGCGAUUCAUCCUCGCCGUCGUCGACGGCGAGAUGACCAUCGGCCGCAAGAAAAAGAGCGUGCUCAUCGAGGAGCUCGAGGCGGCCGGUUACGACAAGAUGCCGAAGACGGCCAAGGCUGCCGCCGCCGCCGACGCCGAGCCGGCCGAGUCUGGUCUCUCCGACAUCUCCGAGGAAGGUGCCCCGGCACCCGCCGACGGCGCCUCCUACGACUACCUCCUCUCCAUGCCCCUGUGGAACCUCACCCAGGAGAAGGUUGACGAGCUCGUGGAGGAACAGCGGGUCAAGACGGCUGAGGUUGAGGAGCUUCACGGGACCACGGAUAAGCAGCUCUGGAUCCGCGACCUCGACGCGUUUGACGCCGCCAUGGACGUCUUCGACGCCGAGGACGCCAAAGCUGCGGAGGAGCUCGCCAAGCAGCAGCGCGCCGCGGCGAGGAACCAGACCAAGGGUGGCAAAAAGGCGCUGGCCAAGAAGAAGAAGGCUGCGCGCGCGAUGGACUCUGAUGAGGACUCUGAGGAGGAUGAGGACUUCAGCGACGACGAGUUUGUUCCCACCAAGGCCAAGGCGAAGAAGGCUGCCGCCGCGCCCGCCGCCAAGAAGGCCCCGUCCGCUCGCGCGAAGAAGCCCACCGCCGCGCCCGCCUCCUCGGCAACCUCCGAAGUCUCCGAGGCUGUCUCUGCCCAAGUCUCCGAGGCUGUCUCUGCGCCGCCCCCCGCGCCGGAACCUGAGAGCGACGAUGAAUUCGAGGUUGCGCCCAAGCUGAGCCUCGCGGAGCGCCUGCUGCAGCGCGCGGGGGCGCCCUCCGCCGCCGCCGCCAAGGUCAAGCCCGCCGCUAAGCCCGCCGCCGCCAAGAAGCCCGCCGCCGCCAAGGCCAAGCCCGCCGCCGCCAAGGACGAGUUUGACUUUUCGGGCUCGGAGGAUGACUCGGAGCCCGCGCCCGUCGUCAAGAAGCCCGCGCCCGCUAAGAAGCCCGCGCCCGCCAAGAAGGCUGCCGCAAACAGCGACGAUGAGUUCGGCUCGGACGCCGAGAGCGACGUCGAGGCUAUCGCCGACGUGGCUCCCAGGGCGGCUUCCUCCCGCAGGGGCGGCGCCGCGAGGAAGGUUUACAAGGAGGAAUCCUCCGACGAGGAAUCGGAUGAAGACGACUUCGAGGACGACGGCGACGACUCUGACUUUGAGUGA